AUGGCCCGGGGCCCCGCUCCCGCCAGCCCGGGACCAGGGUCCCAUCUGCUGCCGCUGCUGCCCUGGCUCCUGCUGCUGCUGCAGGGAGCGGACAGCAGCCACACAGCCCCCGCCCGGCCCGCCCCGCCCAUGGCCGCCUAUGGCCUGGCCGGGGACAGGGACCCCCAGCGGCUCCCUGGGGACAGGGCCGCCGCUCCGGGCCCCGGCGCCCAGGACAUGGUCGCUGUGCACAUGCUGCGACUUUAUGAGAAAUACAGCCAACGGGGCGCGCGGCCCGGAGGGGGCAACACGGUGCGCAGCUUCAGGCCCAGGCUGGAAGUGGUCAACCGGAGGGCCUUGUAUCUCUUCAACCUGACAUCCCUACAGGACACGGAAAUGAUCCUCAUGGCCACCUUCCACUUCUACUCGGAGCCACGGGGGCCCCAAGCUCACGAGGUGCCCUGCAAGCAGCGGGCCAAGAAUGCGUCCUGCCGCCUGCUGCCUCCUGGACGGCCCGCCCGCCGCCUGCUCUUCCACAGCCUCUCGCCGAACACGGCCACGCAGGGGCUGCUCCGGGGGGCCAUCGCCCUGGUGCCCCCGCCACAGGGCCUGUGGCAGGCCAGGGACAUCUCCCCCAUAGUCAAGGCGGCCCGCCGGGACGGCGAAUUGCUUCUCUCCGCCGAGCUGGAUUCGGGGGAGAAGGACCCUGGGGUGCCCAGCCCCAGCACCCAUGCACCCUACAUCCUCAUCUAUGCCAAUGACCUGGCCAUCUCGGAGCCCAAUAGUGUGGCGGUGACACUGCAGAGAUACGACCCCUUCCCUGCUGGAGACCCGGAGCCCGGCGCAGCCCCCAACAGCUCCACGGACCCCCGCGUCCGCCGGGCCACGCAGGCCACGGGGCCCUUCCACGACAAUGAGCUGCCAGGGCUGGACGAGGAGCCAGCACCGGCGCCCCACGCCCCGCACGGCCACAAGCACGCCCUGUGGCCCAGCCCCUUCCGGACACUGAAGCCUCGGCCAGGGCGCAAGGACCGCAGGAGGAAGGGCCCGGACGCCUUCCCCGCCGCCGCCUCGCAGGUGCUGCACUUCGACGAGAAGACGAUGCAGAAAGCCCGGAGGAGGCAGUGGGACGAGCCGAGGGUCUGCUCCCGGCGGUACCUGAAGGUGGACUUUGCAGACAUUGGCUGGAACGAAUGGAUCAUCUCUCCCAAGUCCUUCGAUGCCUACUACUGUGCCGGAGCGUGUGAGUUCCCCAUGCCCAAGGUCGUCCGCCCGUCCAAUCACGCCACCAUCCAGAGCAUCGUCAGGGCUGUGGGCAUCGUCCCUGGCAUCCCGGAGCCUUGCUGCGUUCCAGACAAGAUGAGCCCUCUGGGGGUCCUCUUCCUGGAUGAGAACCGGAAUGUGGUUCUGAAGGUGUACCCCAACAUGUCUGUGGAGACCUGUGCCUGCCGGUAA